GAGCGUGGAGCGGUCCUUCGCUCGUGUGUUGGUGUGUUUCCGCUUCUGCGCUGCUGUAACGAUGCAUAAAUACGAGACUCUGGGCUGCCUGGGCUCCGGGAGCUACGGGACGGUGCUGAAGUGUCGACACCGGGACACCGGCAGAAGCGUCGCCGUGAAGAAGCUGCUGGAGGAAGAUGAGACCGUGAGGAAGAUCGUGGAGAGAGAAAUCAGACUGCUGAAGCAACUGCGGCAUGAGAAUCUGGUGAAUCUGCUGGAGGUGUGGAAGCGCAAGCGUCGCUGGUAUUUGGUGUUUGAGUUUGUGGAUCGGACGGUUCUGGAUGAGCUUGAGCAGUUCCCAUCCGGACUGGAUCCGCUCAGAGUCCGAAAGCACCUCUACCAGAUCCUGAGAGCCGUGUCCUUCUGCCACCAGCACAACAUCAUCCACAGGGAUGUGAAGCCCGAGAACGUUCUGGUCUCUCAGCUCGGCGUGGUCAAACUCUGUGACUUCGGUUUCGCUCGGACGAUGGCGGCCGCUCCUGGCGAGGUUUACACCGACUACGUGGCGACACGCUGGUAUCGAGCUCCAGAGCUGCUGGUGGGAGACACCAGAUACGGGAAGGCGGUGGAUGUGUGGGCUGUCGGGUGUCUGUUCUUCGAGAUGUUAACAGGUGAUCCUCUGUUCCCGGGCGACUCUGACAUUGACCAGCUGCACCUCGUCAUCAGUUGUUUCGGUCACCUGACUCCUCGUCACCGCGAGGUCUUCUACAGGAACCCGGUGUUCAUGGGAGUUUGUCUUCCAGAGCCGGCGGAGAGAAACCCGCUGGAGAGCCGCUCGCUCAGACUGUCUGGACUAGCUCUGGAUCUCGCUCAGAGAUGUUUGCAGAUGGAUCCAGACAAGCGCUCGCAGUGUGCAGAUCUGCUGCUGCAUCUGUACUUCACCAGAGACCGCUUCCACCUGCGCUUUCAGCAAGAACUGGCCAGUAAGACACACAAGGACCUGAAGGAAAACAGCAGAGGCACUAAAAGCUCCAGGAGAGAGAAGGAGAAGCGGGACAUGCAGAGAUCGACUCCUGACGCUGUUCAGGACUCAGACCUGCGGCUCAGUGAGUUCAGGCCGUCUGAUGGCGAGGACAGUGACAUCACAGCCAAGCUCCGCCCAGACAACACAGAGCCAAUCAGUGAGCCUGUGUGUCAGGCAGGAAUCCCGCCCAUCUCCACCGACUCACCAGCCACACACAGCCUCAGGUCGUUUGAUAAGAUGAAGAAGCAAAUGAACGUGUUUCCACGGCCGUCACAGCAGAACCUUUCUGUUCACCUCAACACACAGGUGCCGUCGGAGCACAGCAGGAGUCGAUACGCUGCAGUGCCUGCUGGGAAAAAGAUAGCAGAGCUGCGUUUCCCUGAGCUCAGAAACACACUGCUACCCGAGCUGAGAGCAGAAGGAAGACCAAGAGGAAAUAAAGAGCAGAAAAACAACAGAAUCCCGUCCAUAACAGCACCUGACCUGCAGUCCGACACAUAAAACACACACACACACAACACUCACUCACUCACUCACUCACACUCACUCACUCAUUCACACAC